AUGGAUCAGUCAGUUCUGGGGGGAAAGCCACUGGACACGCAAGGCAGAGACUUGGGCACCCCCUUCUUUAUUCGGGCAGAAAGUGGCCAUGCAAUGAUGGACCUGCUGGUUGAACUUUGCCUUCAGAACCACCUGAAUCCAUCCCACCAUGCCCUGGAGAUCCGGUCUUCGGAAACCCAACAGCCUUUGAGUUUUAAGCCAAACACUUUAGUUGGGACCCUGAAUGUGCACACUGUGUUUCUCAAAGAGAAAGUUCCCGAAGAGAAGGUUAAGCCUGGCCCACCUAAAGCACCUGAGAAAUCCGUGCGCUUGGUAGUGAAUUACCUGCGAACGCAAAAGGCCGUGGUGCGUGUGAGCCCCGAGGUGCCGCUCCAGAACAUUCUCCCGGUCAUCUGUGCAAAGUGUGAGGUCAGCCCAGAGCACGUGGUCCUCCUCAGGGACAACAUCGCCGGGGAGGAGCUGGAGCUGUCCAAGUCCCUCAACGAGCUGGGGAUCAAGGAACUCUACGCGUGGGACAAUAAACGAGAAACCUUUAGAAAAUCAUCGCUUGGCAACGAUGAGACAGAUAAAGAGAAGAAAAAAUUUCUGGGAUUUUUCAAAGUUAAUAAAAGAAGCAGUAGUAAGGGCUGCCUGACCACGCCCAACUCCCCGGCGGUGAAUCCGCGUUCCAUGACGUUGGGUCCAUCCCUGUCGCUUGGCAACAUCUCAGGGGUGUCUGUGAAGUCGGACAUGAAGAAGCGUCGGGCCCCUCCGCCCCCGACGCUGCCCGGCCUGGGGCCACCAGUGCAGGACAAGGCCUCGGAAAAGGUAUCUCUGGGGUCACAGAUUGACUUGCAGAAGAAGAAGAGGCGGGCGCCCGCGCCCCCUCCGCCGCAGCCCCCGCCGCCAAGCCCCCUGGUGCCCCCUCGCACUCAGGACCAGGAGGAGAACAGGAAGAGCGCCACGGUGAGCCUGCCCCUGGGGCCCGGCAGUCCCCGUGGCACGGACGGGGCCCCACCGGUGCCGUCCGAGGCCGAGGAGACCGUGUCUGUCGGCAGCUGUUUUGCCUCCGAGGACACAACCGAAGACUCAGGAGUGGUGAGCUCCCCGUCAGACAUCGUGUCCCUGGAUUCCCAGCACGACAGCGUGAAAUCCAAAGAUAAGUGGGCCACGGACCAGGAAGACGGCAGCGACCAGGACCUGGCUGGGACCCCAGAACUGGGUCCCCGGAAGAGCCCCACGCGGGAGAGGAACAGCUCUGGGCGACGGCACUCGAGACCUGAGGAAGCUGCCACAGCCUGCAGAGGGGACGAAGACCUCUUUAUCACCGGGCAGUUCCAGAAAACCCUGGAGGAACUUGACGGGGACCUGGAAGAACUGGAAGACGGCUAUGAAGCCAGCACUGGCUCGGUGAACGGCGUGUCUGGACGCCGCGUGUCCGAUGCCACGGUCCCCAACAGCGAUGAGGACGCGAUCCCAGUAACGUUCAUAGGGGAGGUCCUAGACGAUCCUGUGGAUUCGGGGUUGUUUUCCAACAGAAACAACAAUGCUGGUUCUUUUGACCCGGGGAGCGUGGCCGGCCGGGGAGGCCACCCGUUGCAAAGUCAGGCGGAGAACAGCCAGCAGCGGGAGACGAGAGCAGACGUGCCCGACUCGGCAGCUCCUCCCCACGGCCUUGGGAAGGAAGUCAAACCCGCCUCAUCCGACCCCUGUGAAGAUGGGGGUCCGAACAAAAUGGAGCCCAAGGCGACUUCUGCAGACUUUCCCACGCACAACCCAAAUGCAGAGGACGGCGGUGAGGGGCCCGGCUCUGCCCUCAGUGGGCAGACACAGGCCAGCAAGAGCGCGAGUUCAUCAGAGCCAGCGAGGGCAAAGGAAGGCGAGGAUAAGCACGGUGGCUCCGCACCGCCAUCGUGGUAUCGACGGGGCCAAAACCCAGGGUGCAGUUACGGACUGAAAUACGGCCUCACGACGUACAAAAUCGUCCCUCCGAAAUCGGAGAUGAGAUGUUACGACAGAGGAGUAUCGCUGUCAACAGGGGCCAUUAAGAUCGACGAGCUAGGGAAUCUGGUGAGUCCCCACGCGAACGGGGGCAGGACCGUAGCCCCGUCGUCGCCCGCUCUCGACGCGGAAACCCAAUCCAUUGGAAGGGUCAAGGAAUUCUGGAGGUCCGGCUCUCUGGAGAAGCACUCUGGCCAGCCCCCGGAGUGCUCAACCAACAGGACCCCCGCUCCCACCACACCAACGAGGCCACAGCAGCAGGAAAGUGGACUCAGGGCAGAGCCCACUGUCCCGGACCCCAAAGCGACAUCGCCCCCGCAGCAGUCUGCCCACCGAGAAGCAGGGCGACACGUGGAGGAGGGGAGAGACCGGCCACCCGUGGCGGCCACUCGUCACGUGAAAGUGCCAGCAGCCAAUGCCUCAGAGGUCCUGUUCCUCAAGCCCCAGAGAAGAACGUCCAGUCAGUACGUGGCCUCUGCCAUUGCCAAGCGGAUGGGGCCCCAGAAAGCCCAGGCCGAGGAGACCCGUGAAGGCAGAGCCCCAGAGCUGGCCGGACGGCCUCCCGCUGGGAGAGACGGCUCAGCCCCCAGCCCGCUCCCAGAGACCCGCAUCCGUGCCGACCGGGAGGCGUCGGCGGUAGGAGCCCAGCCCAGGGGGCUGGUCAGCAGCCCUGAUGGAAAGUCGUCUGCUCAAGACGGCCCGGCGGCCAUCCGCAGAAGUCCUUGUGUCCCGCCUGUCACGGCCGCCCAGAGGGGUCACGUGUCUAUGGGACAGAGCUCUAGUUUCAGCGGAAAGCAGAGCCUAGGCGACCACAGGGCCAGCUCAGCAUCCGUCCCCAGACGCACUCUGGACAGUACAGAUCCCCCGCCCGCCCGCUCAGGAGACGAUCAGACUCCAGACAGGACCCUGGUGAAUGGCUCCAGGUGGGUCCCCAUCCCCAGCGAGCCUCCUCACUCUCCGAGAGGCUCCCGCACCAGUGGCCAUGCCGGACGGGAGCCCCUAGAACAGGAGGAGAAGCCCGAAGCCAAUGGCACCCUGCCACCCAGCAUCUUUGGGCCGAAGAAGAAAUUCCGACCCGUUGUCCAGAGACCCGCACCAAAGGACACGUCCCUGCACAGCGCCCUGAUGGAGGCCAUCCACUCAGCGGGCGGGAAGGACAGGCUUCGCAAGAUUGCAGAGCACGCGUCGGAGGCAGGGCCCAGGAAGCUGUCCUGCAGGGAGGCAGAGGGCGAGCGCUCGGCCCUGCUGGCGGCCAUCCGAGGGCACAGCGGUGCCCGCAGCCUGCGGAAGGUGUCCUCCUUCGCCUCCGAGGAGCUUCGAAGCUUCCGAGACGCAGCGCUGUUGGAACGCAGGCCAGAGCCGCCAGGCCUGGAUGACCUUGGCGUUCGGCCCCCGCCCGCCCUGCCGCCCCCGCCCCCUCCGGCCACCCAGGCUCCCUCCAUGUCCAGGCCGGCGUCCAGGUCCAGCUCGGGCAACCCGGCCGAGGCCAGGCAGGCCUUGAUGGACGCCAUCCGCUCGGGCACAGGGGCCGCACGACUGAGAAAGGUGCCCUUGCUGGUGUAA